CACACCCAGUCAGGGCAUCUCAGUCCAGCACGCCUGGCAGCAUUGCUGCCACUCAAACCCUGCUCCCCACCUCUGCAGAGCCCUCCCUCCCGCCCCCGCAGUCCCUGCCGUUCCGGAGCAGGGGCUCCCCGGCACACCCCACUUCGAACAGCCAAGCCGGCGAGGCCUGUCCCUGGCGCACUGCCCAUCAACAGCAAAGGGUGACGCCUGCAUCGUCCCCUGGAGCCCGGCGUGAAGGGGGCAGAGGCCCUGGGAUGCUGGAACCAAGUGUUGCCUCCUGGACGUUACGCUGCCCGGUUACACUGCACACCCCCUUCCUGCAAAGAGCCACAGCGCUGCCCAAGGCCUGGCGGGGCCGCAGGAACCUGCCUGCCUCGGCUAGGUUAUUAGCUAGCAAUCGCCUUGUCGCCCCAGGCGUGGGCCAGGCCCCCUUUGUGCGAGGUGCUGCACACACUCAGAGCAGGAAGUCUGGGCCCCCAGGAGCUGAUCAUGGACCCGUGACCUUUGAGGACGUCGCUGUCUAUUUCACCAAGGAGGAGUGGAGGAAACUGGCAGGAUGGCAGCGGGAGCUGUACCGCCACGUAAUGCUGGAGAACUACGAGCUGGUGGCCUCGCUGGGCUCUGCAAGCCCCAAACCUGAGCUCGUCUCUAAGCUGGAGCGAGGGGAAGAGCCGCAUGUCGGGGACAGCCAGGACCUGCGAGCGAGGGAGAGCCCCAAAGGCCCUGUCCCAGCAGACCCUUCCAAGCGCCGGCUCUCGUGCUGCACGACCACGGUCAUUUCCAAGAGGAAGGAGCUCUCGCUGGCCGACCGGGUCAAACUGCUGCAGGCCCUGGAGUCGCCCUCCGCCUCCCUGUCCAGCGUGGCCAAGCUGUUUGGGAUCUCCAAGAGCCAGGCGGGCCGGAUCGGCCGCAGCCGGGAGCAGAUUCUGGCCGACUGGCGCACCAACGCCAACCCGCUGCGGAAGCGGAAGCGGGAGGGCAAGGGCGGGGAGGUGGAGGACGCGCUGUUCCUCUGGUUCCAGCAGGCCCUGGCCAGGGGGGAGAGGCUCUCGGGCCCGAUCCUGAAGGCCAAGGCCCAGGAGCUGGCCCUGCACUCAGGCCGGGAGUUCGAGGCCACGGACGGCUGGCUCUGCCGGUGGAAGACCCGCCACAACAUCGUCUUCAAGCGGCAGCAUGGCGAGAAGCAGGACGCGGACGUCGGCAGCGCCCAGAGCUGGGUGAGCGAGGUGCUGCCCUCCCUGCUGGCCGGCUACAGCGCCGAGAACAUCUUCAAUGCCGACGAGACCGGGCUGCUGUACCGCGGCUACCCCGACCGGGACCCGCCGCUCCUGGGCGGGAAGAAGGCCAAGGACCGCGUCUCCGUCCUCUGCUGCGCCAACCACGCCGGCACGGAGAAGAGGCGCCUGCUGGUGGUGGGCAAGAGCCGGCGGCCGCGGUGCCUGCCCAAGGACCUGCGCGCCCUGCCCGUCGCCUACGCCAACUCGGCCAACGCCUGGGUGACCGCGCACAUCUUCCAGGAGUGGGCGCUGCAGUGGGACCAGGAGCUGCGGCGCGACCGGCGCAAGGUCCUGCUCUUCCUGGCCCACAGCAGCGCUCACCCCCGCGAGCUACAGGCCAAGCUGCGUCACAUCAAGCUGGCGUUCUUCCCCCCCAACACCAGCAGCAUCACCCAGCCCAUGGACAUGGGCGUCAUCCGCAAUCUGAAGGGACACUACCGGGCGCUGGUGGCGGCCAAGGCCCUGCUGAGCCCGGAGCAGGGGCGGGCGGCUGAGAUCGCCGGGCGGGUCACGCUGCUGGACGCCGUUUACAUGCUGCACCAGGCGUGGAGCCUGGUCCGGCCGGCCACGGUACAGAGCUGCUUCCGCAAGGCCGGCUUCCACCUGGCGCCCUUUGAGCGGGAGGAGCUGGACCUGCCGCCGCUGGCCGACGUGCCCCGCCCGCCCUUCAUGAGCGAGCAGGACUUCAGCGACUUCGUCGGCAUGGACGCGGAGGAGCCGGCCGUGGGCGAGAUGACCAGCGAGGAGUGUGCGCUGGCCCAGAGGAGCCAGUGGGCCGAGGCCGCCGAGUGCUCGGAGGAGGACGGGGACCUGGACCCGGGGAGCCGCGUCACCGCCGCCGAGGCCCUGGCCGGUCUCUCUGCCGCCAUGAAGUGGUGCCAGCUGCACGGCCUGGUGUACCACUGGGAGAGACUGCUGGAGACGGAGAGCGCCGUGCAAAUGGCCGCCGUGGCCGAGGCCAGCCAGAGCCGGGCCACUGGCUGCUCCCGCUACGUGCCCGGCGUGGGGCUGCCGGCUCCACCCAGGCUGGGCUCGGCCCUGCUCUGACCCCUCUGACCCGCACCCCACCCUUCCCUCCGGGGGGGCUCGGGCAGCAAGGCAGGGUGAGCCCAGUGCUGCAGGCUGCCGGAAGGGCCAGGGGUUCCUCAGGCCUCGGUGUCUAGACUGCGAGUAGAUCAGGCUGGGGAGGCAUUGGGGCUGGGGGUGUGGAAAAGAGGAGGGGGAAGGAGUGAGGACAGACAGCAUGGCGUGGGGGGGAGAGAGGGGGCUUCCCGUGGACUGGUCAUUCCCGGGGAACGGGUCUCUCUCCCCUCCCCCCCCACAGGUAACCCAUUCCAGUGCUUCACCACUCUCCUAGUGAAAAAGUGUUUCCUAAUAUCCAACCUAGACCUCCCCCUCUGCAACUUGAGACCAUUACUCCUUGUU